AAGAAAUAAAUAAAAAGAAAAUAAUUUGAUUUCCGCAUUUUCAGAUUCAAACAAAUAAUCGAGGUUGCAUAUUUCUAAGCCCCGUCAACGCAAUUCACCAUCCCCGCCGGCAUUCUAAACCCUUUCCAACUUUCACUCCAUUUUUCCCCCAAAAAACACACAAAAUUCUUCACCAAUUCCCAUGUCGAUAACAACCGUCAAGGUUAGCAAUCUCUCUUUGGGGGCAUCUGAUCGUGAUAUCCAAGAGUUCUUCUCGUUUUCUGGUGAUAUCCAAUAUGUUGAGACGCGAAGUGAUACCGAGAGGUCUCAAAUUGCGUUUGUCACCUUCAAGGAUGCUCAAGGAGCAGAGACAGCUAUUCUUCUUUCGGGAGCAACAAUUGUGGACAUGGCGGUAGAAAUUAAUCUCGACCCAGAUUACAAGCUCCCUCCUUCUGCUUGUGCACCCCUCUUGCCAUCAGAGAAGAAAAACAUCGGUGGUGGUGCCAUAUCGGCUUUCCAAAAGGCAGAGGAUGUAGUGAGCAGUAUGCUGGCAAAGGGUUUCAUCCUAGGCAAAGACGCAGUGAACAAAGCAAAGUCGUUCGACGAGAAGCUCCAACUAACCUCCACAGCAACAGCCUCAGUCGCUUCGUUCGACAAAAAAAUCGGUCUCACGGAAAAGAUAAGCAUCGGCACUUCUAUAGUGAACGACAAAGUGCGGGAAGUGAACGAAAAACUCCACGUCUCGGAGAAAGCGAAGUCCGCGUUCGCCGCAGCUGAACAAACGGUGAGUAGUGCAGGGUCUGCUAUAAUGAACAACAGCUACGUUCUCACGGGGACUAGUUGGGUGACGGGCGCUUUCAGUACAGUUAGUAACGCGGCGGGUGAAGUCGGACAAAUGGUGAAGCAGAAAGUUGGAGUUGUUGAAGAUGAACAGAGAAGGAAAAUGGUGGAUGAUUUUGCGCAGAUUCAUUUGGCCGAGUCUCCAAAAGCGGGUGAUUCUUCGGGCAAGCCUGCUCCCGUACAUGGUUUGAUUCUGUGAACAUUUUCGUUUAAUAUAUAUAUAUACUUGAGAGAGUUCUUUAUAGUGUUUAUUUUUAUUCACUGAAAAUCAAUUCGUUAUGUGUUUGAAGAUUGGCUUUUCUCGAUGUCUUGUCUGUAGCUUUUUACAAAUAUAUGUCAAGUCAGAAGUUUAAACCAUGAUAGUUUGGUGGAUGAUAUGAACUAGUUCUUGAUUCUUCAAUUGAUUUAUGGCUGGUUUUUUUUUUUUU